ACGACAUCUAAGACUACAUAAGCUGAAAGUGAAAGUAAAGAUGCCAGAAUGGAUCAGCACCUCUCCAAGGCGAGUUUGCAAAGAUCACAGAGGGCAUCAUGACGUCACACGGCUGUUUUCUCUGCCUGUUGCUUUUAAGUGUAAUCCCGAUCGAGCCAUCAGAAGCAGGUUGUAUGGACCACUUCACAAAAAAAGGAUUGGCAAACGCAUCAAGUGAGCUGCCAGAGAAUAUUACCGUCAAAAUAAUGAACAAGUCUGAGGACAUCAUUGUAUGUAGUUUAACGGAAGCUGAAGACUGUGAUAACAGCAAAACAGAAAAUACCUGCUUUCUACGGGACUGUUUUAAGGACGAGAAUAACAUGGACUAUAAACCGCCAUGUAACGAGGCGGAUGAGAACAUCAGUGUCCCUUUCUACCACUUCAUGUGCUUGACAAAUAUAGCCAAGGGUCUACGAGAUAAAACAAAACCACCUGAAGUCUGUGAAGUGUACAAAAAAGUCUGUGGGGAAGAUUCUGCCACCCCAGCACCACCAAAACCUUCACCGACAACACCAACCAUUGAAGCAACACCAUCAACAGCACCAGCCAUUGAAGCAACACCAUCAACAGCACCAGCCAUUGAAGCAACACCAUCAACAGCACCAACCAUUGAAGCAACACCAUCAACAGCACCAACCAUUGAAGCAACACCAUCAACACCACUGCCAACAACACCAACCACUAAAGCAACACCACCAACAGGACCAGCCAUCGACGCAACAUCAUCAACAGCACCAGCCAUCGAAGCAACACCAACCAUUGAAGUAACAACAAAAAACCCAAGCACAGCAUCAACAACAAAAACAACAGCACCAUCAACGACAUCGUCAACAACAAGUACAACAGCAGCAUCAUUCCUGGUGAAUUCACGUUCAGAAAAAGAAACGGGAAGUGACAUCCAAAAGAUUUUAAUAGGAGUUCUUAUCAUGACGAACAUCAUUGUCCCCAUGGCAAUUUAUCUGUACAUGCGUAACCAGAUUCAGCAGAUUCCAAACUUGAGGGAAGAAGUAAGAAUGACAGAGAUGCAGCAAAACACAUUUCCCAGGGAUGUUGAAGAGGGUCCCAUUUUAUUAACGACGCCCGAGAGUUCCAUCAUCAUAAAUUCACCUGAAAACACCAUAAUUUAAAGCCCUUGCCCAAAUAGAACACACCAUUAGAAGUUCUGAGCUGCUGAGAAUCUGGAUAAAUCUGGAUACGAGGAUCUGCCUUACACAGAUCUGGACUUACACAGUCCAGGUGAAGUAAAGGUGGUCUGUGAAGGCCUCUGCGCCCAAAGGUGGAUAAGCUUCCAAUGUGAAGAAGAGUGGGACCAAACAAGCCGCAGCAUGCCUGUUCAUGUAACUGCUCUGCAGUCGCACAUCAAGAUUGUUUUCUGUCCGCCUCAUGCAAAAUGUUUUACUGCUGUGCUGGUUUUAAGUGACCAAAGUCUUACCAGAAGAAGUGCACUGCAGAAAAUCUGUUUUAACACGAACAAUAACGAGUUGGUUUUUUGUCAUAUUUAGAAUAAUUUUAAACACAAAGACACAGAUUAUGCAUGUAGUCAGUAAACAUAUAUAUGUGUGUGUCUCUGUGUGUUCAAGUGUUCCACUGUGCAGACUACUAUAUUUAGUGCGACUGCAAAAGAAAAAAGUUACGUUUUUAUGGCUAAUGGACUAAUUGCCUCUGUUCAUGUGUGCAUAUUUGGGGAAAGGUUUGGUGGCUUUUUUUCUAUUCCUUGUAUGUAUUAAGUAUGUUGUGAUAAAGCUUCAGCUGAAAAGCUAAAAGUGCCUAAAAAAAAUUAAAUAUUAUUAUUUUUUUUAUUGCACAAUGCACAUUAAGCGAAGCCACCAUAAAAAAUUGAACUUUUACCUUUUUCUAAGCCAGCUGUGCUAGCUUUACCCCUAAAAUGUGAUCUUAUCUGUUAACAGUUGUUCUAGAUAAGUUCUCACUGUACAGUCCUCAUACAUCCAUCGAAUGUGUUUGUGUUUCAUGGAAGUAUAAAUAGAAAAUUACCUACCGCAAUGCUUUUAUUAUUUUCAUAAAUCACUGCAAAAACAAAGAGAUGUGAAAAAAGCGGUCUUCUCCGCACGUUUUCAUUUUCAUACUGUCACGUUAUUUCACUCUUAUAUAUGGUAAAUGGUCUGUAUUUGUAUAGCGCUUUACUUGGUCCACUCUUGUGUAUGUGUAAUUAUCCCACAUAUCUGUCCCUCACAUAUGGAAGACUGUAGACAUUGUUCUGUGUUUUCAGUUUUUGGCUUUUGAUGCAUUUGUGGAAUAUAUUUUAGUUUUUGUUUAUGUAAAAA